GGAACCAUUCUAAACCUUCCCCAUUUCCUCUAGCUUCCUGGUCAUUUGCACUUGAGCCCCUGGGUCGCCCUUGCCUUCUUUCAGCUAAGUCCUCCUGCUCACCUUUUUUUUCAUUCAAGUCCUCGUAGUUUAUUUUCCUUCCGAGUCUACCCCUCCUCCUCUGGGGGAACUCUUGCACACAGCCCCCUUAGGUUUCUCGAAUUCUAGUCUGCCGGUCCCCGUUGUGUAGAUCCAGGCAACCCAUCAGCCGCACCCAUGUUUACCUACCCGUUCCUCUAGGGGCCGCCGUUCUCCGAUGAAGCUGAACGUGCUCCGCCGCCGCCGCUCCCACUCCUUCUCUGUUGCCUUCCUGUACUGGUUCUACGUCUUCUCAUGAACUCGUCGCCCUCUCCCAAGAACGCCACCUUCUGAUCCAUUCUUUGGUUGGUUAGAUCCUUGUUAGCUUCUUGUUUUCUUUGAAUCUUUCGCCUUUUCCUUCCAAAAAAAAGUUCUUUUCUUGAACUGAGCCUGUCCAAGAAGAAGAAAGAUCCGAUCAUGUCGUCGUCGGGCCGGAGCUUGAGCCCUGAGAGCAACACCGAUGGAAGCGGCGGCGGGUUCGACGCCGACGAGCGCAAGCGCAAGAGGAUGCUGUCGAACAGGGAGUCCGCGCGCCGGUCCCGCGCGCGGAAGCAGCAGCGGCUGGAGGAGCUGGUCGCCGAGGUAGCCCGCCUCCAGGCUGAGAACGCGCAGGUGCAGUCCCGGAUCGCUGCCUUCGACCACGAGCUGAGCAAGGUGGACGGCGAGAACGCCGUGCUACGCGCCCGCCACGGUGAGCUGGCGGGGCGGCUGGAGGCGCUGGGCGGCGUGCUGGAGGUGUUCCAGAUGGCCGGCGCCCCCGUGGACAUCCCGGAGAUCCCCGACUCGCUGCUCGGCCCAUGGCAGCCGCCGUUCCCGCUGCAGCCCGUCGCCGCCGAUGCGUUCCAGUUCUGAGCCGGCGGCAGGCGUCGCCGCCUCCAAGACAUGGCCGUAGCAUCGCCAUGGUCACCUACUGCUUACUACGAAGAUUAUUAGUGCUGCUCUACUAUUAGUUUGUGUGGAUUUGUUUCAUGGCGUUGAUCUAGACCAUUAAUAAUGAUCGGUGUGUGGUUGUAAUCGUAAUAGUGUUAUGCAGUGAUGUGUUGCUCCCAUGGAUCAAAAUGCUGUGUGGAUGUAUAUGGGAUGGGAACACAUGAUUUGUGAUUGUAAGGCCAUCUCCAAGAGAGUCUUCAAAUCUCACUUUUCUCGUGCUACAGUGUUUUGCGGUCUACUGUAGCACUAGAAAUCUAUCUUCAGAUGACCCCUUGUCCAGUGCUACAGUGUGCUACAGUAGAAAAUAAAGGGAUGCUGUAAUAGUGAUAGAGGAUGCUGUAAUAGUAUUUUGAGAAUGAAAAUUUGAGGUAGCUGUUAGAGAUGGUCUAAUAUCUUGACAUGGCACCUAUAUUAUGAUUGCUUGCAUUUCGAAUGAAUUUUCUAGCUUGGUUGAUUUA